AUGGAAGAAGGUUCGAUGGAAAUUCCAACUGCUUCAACAUAUGAUAAAAAACAAGAUAAAGCUCCAAUGAAUUUGGGUGAUAAGGGAGAAACAAGUAAUCCGUUGGAGGAUCGGAUUAGUCAACUGCCUGAUGCGAUUCUGGUUGACAUCAUUUCCCCGUUGAGGAUUAAGGAAGUAGCAAGGACUAGUGUCCUCUCUAAGAGGUGGAGAUAUUUGUGGACACAUGUUACACGUCUCAACUUUGAUCAUCAUGAUGGUGAACAUCCACGUACCUCCACAAGGACCACAACAGUUAAUCCGUCAGAGAGACGUCGUCUAGAAGCGACCAACAGAAGACAACGAAUCCGGCAAUCGCACCAGGGUUUAACACCUUUAAACUUGGGUGAAUGCAGAGGUGGUUCUUCCUCAGCGGGUUCCGGUUCAAGAUCUAGGCACCCCGAUGGAAUUUCAAGACUAAUUCGCCCACCAUCACCACCACCGUGUACGGUGGUGACUAAAGUCCUGCAAUCGCAUCAGGGUCCAACCGUAGAUGGAGUCAGAAUUUGUGGAUCUUGUUAUAGCUCGGAUAAUGUCGAUGAUUUUAUCGAAUUUGCAAUUCAAAAGAAAGUUCAAAGGCUUGAGAUAGACAAAUCGAAAGAAAAAGACACCAAGUCUUGGGAGAAGCCUUUCAACAACCCUUUAGGUGUUUCACGCAUUAAGUCCCUUAGACACCUCUCUUUAAAGUACAUACCUAUAACUGAUGAAGUUGUUGGGCUGGUUCUAUCCGAAUGUCAACUUCUUGAACACCUCAGUAUUUGUCACUCAAGCGAUCUUUAUGCUGUGAAAGCAGUUGGUUCAUCACUCCGGUUGAAGUUCCUACAAAUAAGUUAUUGCGGUGGCAUAGUCAGAAUUGAUAUUUCUGCCCCUAAUCUUGUGUCAUUUAUAUAUCGCGGACAAAAUGUGUACAGAAGAGGAAUUGUUUUGAAACAUGCACCCAAGCUUGUCUACGUAUCUCUCUCAGAAGACGAACCUGAUAGCAUUACCAAACAUCUUCUGUCGAUAUCAGCUCGACUUUCAUACCUUCAGACUCUCCACCUGUGGAUGAAUCUGAGAAGGACAAAUGUUAUGCUCCCACAAUUUCCCGAAUUAACUAGUCUCAAAGACUUGUCGUUGACUGUACAUGCCAAAAAUUAUGGUCCAAGUCUCCUGGAUAUGACUUCCUUGUUAGAGCAAUCUCCCUUCUUGCAGAGAUUAACAUUCCAGUUGAUAUUAGGAAAUGAUUUCAUUACUUUAUAA